AUGGCUCUAGGAGAUUUGGUAUCUAUCUCCACUGCUUGUUCUUCCAGGGGAACUUUCAGUGUGCUAGGCGUGGUGGUUGAUACUCUCCCACCCCUUCGGACCAAAGGCUCCUCUGCGUGUGUCACAUUCACCAUUAAAGACUCCGAGUUUGAUGCACCUCACUGGCAAGGGGGUCUGAAAGUCAAAUAUUUCAACGACGAUGAAAGUCACCUUCCCAAUGUUCAGGUCAACGACCUAGUUCUGCUACGAAGCAUCCGGGUGAGCAUCUACCAAAACAAGCCCACAGGAGUUGUCUCCCAGCAGGAGAGCGUUUUCUGGAUAGUUUUUCGACCAGAGCCAGGGCCAGGAUCCAGUCUGUCCAUCACCAGUGGUCCUGUUCCUUUUGAGCCGAAUUUAUGGGAAAAGGACCAGGCGCAGGCACUCUUGGAUCGUGUGUCUGCCGAGGGGCAUAUUGUGCAACCAUCCACAUCGCGCAGUGUGCCCGUCUCUCAAAGGCCUUCCCACGUUGUUCAAGCUUCUGCCUCGACCCCGAAAUCGGGAUUACCCUUCUCCCUUAUUAAAGAUGUCAAGCCGGGCAAAUUUGCUCAACUACUUGGUCAAGCUGUAAAGCUGGACACGUAUGACAGCGAGAAAUGCCUGAUGCUCAUGACUGAUUACACGGAGAAUUCGCAACUUGAGGACUACAAGAAGCCUGGGGAAGAAGAAGACGAGUCAGGCCCCGAAGGCGAUCAAUUCAACUACUUGGCACGGAGGAGAAAGGACUGGCCCGGUCCCUGGGGUCAAUUAACGAUCCAAGUGACUUUGUGGGAACCCCAUGCCACCUAUGCUCGAGAACAUAUCAAGCCAGGUGAUCUUGUUCUCUUGACCUAUGUACGGAUCAAGGAAGGUCGUGGCUUAGAGGCUGCUGUUCACCAAGACAGGAAAUACCCAGAAAAGCUUCAUAUCAAGGCACUGAAGGGUGGCCAUGACGAACGCGCACAGGCGUUGAUGAAACGUCGGGCAGAGUACUGGAAGAUCCAUGGUGAACCCAAGGCCGAUACCAAGAAUGCCAAAAAGCGGAAUAAGAAGGCCCAAGAGCAGAAAAAGGAGGCAAAAAAAGAAGCAGGGCAGCUCAUUUUGCCAGCAGCCACGCGAACCAAGCUAAAUCCACACAUCAAACCAAACGCCUACCUAGCCACUGUUUCUCCUCUUGAAAAGAUUUUGCGGGCAGAAUCUCACAUCAACCAUGCUCCAGGAGGCGUUGUCUACCAACUACCAUUCCAAAAUGUCAACUAUAUCUCCGAACUCCGUGUGGUCGAUUUCUUUCCUCCAAAUUUAGAAGACUUCGCCGUGCAGACUACACAAGCAGCCUUGUCAGAAGACACAGAGACAUACUCUGGCUGGGAAUGGCGGUUCUGCCUCCUUGUGGAAGGAGUGGAGCCACAGCCUUCUAAGCAGCAACCCCGGGCACGAAUGAAGCUUUUCGUGUCUCGUCAUGACGGUGAUUGUCUCCUGGAUAUGGAAGCAAUAGACCUUCGCAAAAGACCUCGAAAACUGGAUCUUAUGAAAGAGAAGCUCUUCUAUCUCUGGGGCAAUCUCGAAGAGCGAAAGAAAGCCAUAGCUUCUGGCAACCAAAACCCAGAACCACUCAGCUCGCUGCCAUUCAAAUGCUGCAUCAAGGAAUACGGAGUGAAGUGUACCCAUAACAAAGACCCCAAUGCAAUGGAUGUCGAUGGCGAGGACUGCAGCCAGCCCGAUUGCUUUGGAUGGGAGAGACGUUUCGGCAUAUUUGGCACAACUAUCCACUCAUGA